AUGAUGGUGCAGGAUGUCGAGCCCGCUGCAACGGUGCAGCGCUCGGACCUGGAGACUGGCGACGGCGGCCCUGCGGCAGCAGACGCAGCGGCGGCAUGCGAGUGCCCGCCGGCUGAUUGUCCCCCAAUCCAGAAGUGCCUGUGCCCGCCAGCCCAGGAUUGCACGUGUGACGAUCAGGAGUCACCAAAAGACUGCCCUCCCGCUGAGUUCAAGUGCGAGGAGCAAGGCGCCGAGCCAGCCAAGACGGCCAAGGCAGCCGAUUCGGCAGGCGGCGCAGGCGGGCCAGCCGGGGCGCCGCCGCACGCUGGCUGGCGCUCCAGCCCUCAUGUGGCAGCCACGAGCUACAAGCCCGGCCUGCGGGCGCGGCAGAUGCAGAAGGGCGUCGUGUCGUACGGCGCCCCGGCCCGCCCGCGCCGUGCCCUGGCCAAGCUGUUGAACGGCGAGCCCAUCAGUGUGGCAGCUGUCGGCGGCAGCAUCACCUGGGGCGAGGGGGCAGAGAAUGUUGGCCAGACCGACUAUGCUGCCCGGGUGUUUGCCUGGAUCCGGGAAACCUUCCCCAAGGCAAACCACACACUGGUCAACGCCGCCAUCCCCGGAGUUCCCAGCAGCUACUUUGCACUCUGCAACCGCUGGCACGUGCCAGAGGAUGUGGACUUGGUGGUGUUCAAUGUGAAUGACAACGUCGAUGGCAGCCCCGGCUCAGGCAUGCGCCUGGCGCACGAGCGGCUGCUGAGGAAGCUGCUGCAGUACCGCAAUCGGCCCGCUGUGCUGGAGCUCGUGUUUUACCGCUACCCCGCCCCCGACUUUACAUUAGGCGGGGACCUGGGGUCGCAGUACCGGUACCACGGCGACGACGAGAUCGGGGUACUGGCCCAGUACUACCACACCCCCUGGCUGGCCACCCGCAGCCUGGUGUGGGACUACCUGCAGGAGACGGCCCUGGACCCCAAGUCUCGCACCGGUGAGAUGGUCGGCAUGUGGGCCACCACAGACGACGGCGACCACCCCAGCGACACGGGCCACGGGUGGCUGGCGGACCUCGUCAUUUACUGGAUGCAGCAGGUUAUGGAUGACCUGGUGCGGCACCCGCUGGAGGCCGAAGACGAGGAGGAGGCGCAGGCGCCGCUGUCGCUGCCCAUGUACAUCGGCAACUUUGAGAGCAAGAGCAACACGUGCCUAAUGGGGACGAUGAUGAAGGAUCUGGUGACGGCCGCCGACCCAGCAUUCAAGUGGGUCAACGAAGGCACAGCCAAGAAGCCCAAGUGGGGCUACGUGAGCACCCAGCCCGGCAGCUCGCUAGAGAUCACGCUCAGCACCAACGUGUUGGAGGGCCAGGAGGCGGGGUACAACGUGAGCCUUGGCGUGGGCCACCUGAAGAGCUACGAGCACAUGGGGUGGUGGGAGAUGACGUGCGUGGAGGGCUGCGCCUGCGACCCGCUCACGCGGAACGGCCACCACGUGACCCCGGAGAAGCAGUCACAGCUGUUCCAUGCGAUGGCCCUGGUCUCCGCCUCAGACACGUGCCGCCUCAGGUUUACGGUGCUGGAUGAGACGGAGUCUGGGGAGCACAAGUUCAAACUGCUGGGACUGGUGAUUAGCGAAGCGGCCGACAUGGUGGUGAACACCGAACCGGAAGAAGACCACCCCGUGUCGAUUCAGUAUGAGCUGGGCAAGAACGGGACAGCGGCCGAGUUCGCACUUGGCGGGAUCUGA